AUGUAGCUAUUUAUCUUAAUUAGAGCUUCAUUGAAGUAGUUAAGAGUGCUCGAAUAGAAGAGAACUAAGCCAGUUCCAUAAAUUAAAACAAAUAUCACAAAAGCUAUGCACUCUACUAUUUAGCUUAUCAAACUGCAGAGAGCCAAAGUACCAGUUUAUUUCAGACCAAUUAUGAUUGAUACCUUUAAAGGCUCUCCUAAGCAAUCAGCAUCAACUUAAGGUUGCAUAGGAAUUUCAUAGUCUUAAUGUAUGUUAGAAUUUAUAUAGUUUUUUUAUUCGUAUUAUGCAUUAGUCAGCUAUUCUGCAUUUGCAUUUUAUUGCAAAAUUUAAGAAACAAUUAAAGUAUUUCCUUUUUUAUUAUUAUUUGGAUGGACGAGCUAAUUAAUUUCUUGA